ACCCAAUGGACCGGAGCCCAUUUACGUCUCUGACAUGUGAAACAGAUUGACUUAUCGUUAACUACAGGUAGCGGGCAAUGAGGGAGCGGUCAGUGAAGGAGCUUCACCGCCGGUGCGGUGCCGCGACUGAGGUGCGUGGUAUGUCCGCUAAUGCUUAGACUUAGUGUGUGUCGGAGCGGCGUUUCGUCGUUGCCUCCGUUGUGAGAGGACUGACAGGAAACAGACUUCCUGUGGGCUUGGAGAGAGAGCAGGAGGAGGGAGCGGUAUACGGUCGGAAAGACACAGCACGGACCGAGAGAGAGAGAGAGGGAGAAUCCCAUAAGGGGAGAAGAGAAAGGGGGAAAUCCACUCCGGGAGAGUGUUUCCCGCAUCGGGAGAAAGAGGAGAGAGUCCCGCACCGGGAGAGGAGGAAGAGAGAGUAUCGCUUCGGGAGAGGGGUAGGUGGGUAGGAGAGGGAGAGUACCGCACCAGGAGGGAGAUGUAGGGGAUCCCAGCGCUUUGAAGAACCGGAAGGGGUAGAGGGGCGAUUGAUGAAGACCGACUGGGCGGGAGGGAAUUCAAGGACCGGUUGGACACUUGACACAGCCGCCCGAGCAACGUCCGGAACCAAAGUAUCGGACCCCUGAGAAGCAGCAGUCCGUGAGUUUGUGGAUUAGGUGAGGUUGGGGACACGAAGUUUCGGGGGAGGUGUCCAGUUAUCGGAGGGGGUGGUAGUCGGUGUGAGCAGGAUGGGUCUCCCAGAUGGAGUGUUGCUGCCUCUGUUGCUGCUGUCGCCCCUGGCACUGCCCAUGAAAGUGUGCCAGCAUUUUCGAAGUGCUAGCCCAACCAACAACCUGGUGGUUUUGGAAUCCCGGGUGUAUUUGGGGGCAGUGAAUGCCGUGUACCAGCUGGGUCCAGGACUGGAGCUGGAGGCCCAACUGAGGACGGGACCCGAGCUGGACAGUGCCCUGUGCCAUGCCCCGCAGCUCUUCAACGUCAGUUGUGUGCAUCCACGCAGCCUCACCGACUGCUACAACAAGUUGUUGUUGGCAGACCCUAGCCAAGGCCUGCUGGUGGUGUGUGGCUCCGUGCACCAGGGAUUCUGCCAGCUACGGGACCUGGCCAACGUCAGCCAGCAGGCAGUGCUCUUCCCUCCCCACUCCAGCACCAACCUAAUCUUCCCCAGCAUGCUGUAUGUGGCAGCCAACCACCCGCUGGCCUCCACCGUGGGUCUGGUGCUGCCGGGCUUGGACGAUAAAUCAGGCAGCCGCCUCCUGGUGGCUGCCACCUACACAGGCCUGGGCACGCGUUACUUCCCCACGAACAGCAGCCGCGAAGACCUGCGCUUCGAGAACACGCCGGAGAUCGCCAUCCGCGCCCUGGACCGGCGGCAGCUCUCUCGUCUCUUCACCUACGACAUCAGCGCGUCUGAGGACAAUGUCUUCAAGAUCAAAGCCGAGGCCAAGGCUAGGAACCGGCUCAACUUUGUCCGGGCCUUCAAUUACCGAAACUAUACCUACCUGGCAUUCAACAACGACGCUGACUCCAGUGCCAAGGGCGGCCGUGCCCGCAGCCUGCUGGCACGCAUCUGCACCGGGACUCGGGGCUCGGGGCUCACCGAAAGCCGCAAACUAACUGGGACCCGGGGCUCGGGGCUCACCGAAAGCCGCAAGCUGACAGAGUCCUACAUCCAAAUUGGGCUGCACUGCAGCUCGGGCCCCAUCCUCUACGGACGUUUGCUGUCAGUGUGGCCAGGCCCAGGGACCGACCUCUACGGUCUGUUUGACAGACCCGAGGACGGCAGACAGCUCUCUGCCCUUUGCAUCUUCAACUUCGCCCACAUCGAGCAGAGCAUGAGGAACGCCCGCCGCAAGUGCUUUGAGGAGAAGAACAGCCAGGAGGUGACCGUGCUGGACAGCGUGAUCCAAGGGAGUGGACCGGCCUGCAUCCAGCGUAAUAUCACACUUCAUGCGAAACAGCUGGAUUGCGGGGCUGCCCACCUACAGCACCCUCUGGCCAUCAGGGACCCACUGAAAGCUGUCCCCAAACUGGAGAAGAAGGGUUUGACUGCAGUGGCUGUGUCAAAUCUGAAUAACUACACAGUGGUGUUCCUAGGCACAGCCAAUGGCCGUCUACUGAAGAUGAACUUGCAGAACUCGAAGAUAGAGGUUCUUCCAGUGGCCCCAGGGGAAGCAGUCCAUCACAUCAUGCACUUUGACCCUGAGGAUGAGAACUAUCUGUAUGUGACGACUACUUACCAGGUCAGUCGGGUGAGAGUAGCCUCCUGUGACCAGUUCCAGUCCUGCCAGGAGUGUUUGGGAGCACAUGAUGCCCAUUGUGGAUGGUGCACCUUGGAGAGCCGUUGCUCUCUACAACAGGGCUGUGCCAAUUCCAAUAAGCCUUCUUUCUGGAUUAGCCUCAACUCUGGAAUAUCUGAGUGCCCAAACAUGACAAUCACCCCAUCGAAAAUCGACGUCAGCAGUGUUAUCCAAAAGGACAUUGAAAUCACCAUCAAUGGACAUGUGCCACAGCUGAUGGGCAGGGAUGUUUACUGUGUUUAUAUUAAUGUGGAGAAGACACCAGUCACCAUAUUAAAAAUUAAAAAUGAGUCACAUUCAUCACAGAUAGUGUACUGUCCAUUCCUGCAGAAGAACAAAUACCCAGCAUUCCUGUUGGACCAAGAUCAUGCCAUUGUAACAGUUGCAGUCAAGGUGGGGAAUCGAUCAAUUGUGACUGGGAAUUUGACCUUCUAUGAAUGUGACAGAACGGGAAAGGUUCAUGCAAACACAGCAUGUGGAAGUUGCCUGCAGAGCAAUUGGUCGUGUCACUGGUGUGUCCCUGAGCACAGAUGUGUCUCACCAACAGCCAUGUGUAGCAGUAUCACAGGUGGAGUACCUAAGUUGCAGAAUUUCACAUGGUGCCCCCAGAUAUUGCCUGUUCAGGUCCAGCCAGUUCCCACUGGGAGUAUCCAAAACUUUCCUGUCUCUAUAAGUAACAGUGCAUUGCUCCAGGGCAGUAAGCUGCAGUGUGACUUUGGACACCAGGUUCAUGAGGCACGGUGGUUCAACAGUUCCCACGUACUGUGUGAGGGUGUCAAGCUGUUGACACACAAUGCAAGCCAACAAUUUCCCAUCAGGCUGAGGCUGAAGGAAGAUUCAGAGAAGCUGAUUGACAAUCCUAGCGCCACCUCAGUGGAGGUGUACAACUGUGCAAGUGGCAGUUCAGACUGCUCAGAGUGCUGGGGACGAGAUGACCGGGGACAUCAAUGUGUCUGGUGUGGGACAACGCAGAGCUGCAAGCUGAAGAGUGAGUGCAGGCAGAUUGUGGACAACUGUCCUGCCCCUGAGAUCCACAGGAUAGAGCCAGUCACUGGCCCUCUGCAUGGUGGGACACGCCUAACAAUCAAAGGCAGGAACCUGGGCCGCAGGUUCAGUGACAUCGCUGGUGGUGUUUGGAUUGGUGCCAUUGCAUGUAUCCCGCUGCAGGAAGGUUAUGUGGUCUCAGCACAGAUUGUGUGCACAACUGACAGAGCCAACAGAGAGUUCACGGACGUGGUGAGCGUCAGGGUCCAGGAGGAAGCAAGGUCCAGCCAGAGAUUCUCUUUUCUUGUUCCUGAGGUCACCAAGGUAGUUCCUGAUCAGGGGCCCAAAGCUGGAGGAACCCAAGUCACUAUCAGAGGCAAAAACCUACACAUUGGGUCUAUGGUCAGGAUCAUUGUCAAUGGCUCCAAGGACUGUACCAAUAUAAAGCAGACUGAGUAUGAGCUUGUCUGUGUAAUGCCAGCCAUAAAUAUCGCUGAGACUGCCAGUUUCAUCUGUGUCCAGUUUGAGAACAAAGACUGCAUCAGCAAGAACAUGACCUUCAAGUAUCGGGAGAAUCCAAUAAUAGACAGCAUUAGCCCAAACACCAGCUAUGUCAGUGGUGGACGGAACAUCACAGUGAAAGGCCAGCGAUUCAGUUUGAUACAGAUUGCCAUCAUGGUAGUCAAAAACACUGCAAGGGCUGAAUCGAGAUGCUUCAUUAUGAACGAUACUGUUCUUAUCUGCCCAUCUCCCACCUAUUCAGUUUCCACAGUGAAUGUUUAUUUCUAUAUCAAUGGGAUACUUUAUCAAGAACCUGGAACCUAUUCACAAAGUGGUACAGGAUUCUCGAUGGAAUAUUUCAGUGACCCACAGUUCUCCCGCAAGGAAAAGUUUAUUAAACACCACAAGGGAGAGCCCCUCACUGUGGUGAUUGAGAAAACACCAGACAACUUCAACUUGGCUCCUGAGGAAUAUAAAGUGAUGAUUGGCCCUUUUCCAUGUGACAUUUAUAUUGUUAAAGGAAAGAUCCAUUGUACCAUGAACGUCUCAAUCAACUCUGAUGAACGUCAGUUGCCUGUCGUGAUGCAGGUGGGAAACUACAACGUGACAAUUGCAAUGGUGCAGCUGGGAGAGAGUGAGACUAGAGUUGUGAUAUCGAUCGUGGUCUGCCUGUUACUGCUGCUGGCUUGUGGCAUCGCUUUGGUCAUUUUCUGCACAAAGAGUCGACGAGCAGAACGAUAUUGGCAGAAGACCCUGAUUCAGAUGGAGGAGAUGGAGGCUCAGAUCAGGGAGGAGAUUCGGAAAGGUUUUGCUGAGUUGCAGACUGAUAUGACUGAUCUCACCAAAGAAUUAAACCGCAGUCAGGGUAUUCCCUUUCUUGAGUAUAAGUACUUCGUCAUUCGCACUUUCUUCCCAAAAUGCUCAAUUGACUGUGAAAGCAGAAGCCCCGAGUGUUUCCAUCAGCUGAAUGCUCAGUCCAGAGAAGGUACCAUCUCCAACAGCUGGCCCGAGACCCACCCCCUGCUGAUGCCGGAAUGGAAGGUCCCUGAGAACUGUCGACAAAACAUGGAGGAGGGCAUUGCCUUGUUCUCUAUGCUGCUGAGCAACAAGCACUUCCUCAUCACCUUUGUCCAUGCUCUAGAGCAGCAGAAGGACUUUGCAGUGAGAGACAGGUGUAACCUUGCCUCCUUGCUGACCAUUGCGCUGCACAGUAAGCUGGAGUACUUCACAGGGGUCAUGAAGGAUCUGCUGGUGGACCUCAUUGAUGCCUCUGCUACAAAGAACCCGAAGCUGAUGCUGCGGCGAACUGAGUCAGUGGUGGAGAAGAUGCUGACCAACUGGAUGUCCAUCUGCAUGUACAGCUUCCUCAAGGAAACGGUGGGGGAACCUUUCUUCUUGUUGCUGUGUGCCAUGAAACAGCAAAUUAACAAAGGGUCAGUGGAUGCCAUCACUGGAAAGGCCCGAUAUACCCUCAACGAAGAGUGGCUGCUGAGGGAGAACAUCGAGUCUAAAGCGAUGAAUCUCAACGUGUCAUUCCAAGGUUGUGGUAUGGACUCCAUCAUAGUCCGAGUGAUGGACAGUGACUCCAUCAGCCAAGUCAAAGAGAAGAUUUUGGAAGGUUUCUACAAGAACAUUCCCUUCUCCCAGUGGCCGAGAGUGGAAGAUGUGGACCUGGAGUGGUUUCCAUCGAGCAGUGACAGCCUUAUACUACGGGACUUGGACAACACAUCCAUAGUUGAAGAUGGCCGGAAGAAGCUCAACACCCUGACACAUUACAAGGUCCCUGAUGCAGCCUCAUUGGCAAUGAGCUUGAAGGAUCAGCGGGACAGCACUCUGGGACGAGUGAAAGACCUGGACACUGAAAAAUACUUCCACUUGGUGCUUCCAAAUGAUGAGCUGGUUGAACCCAGCCGCUCACACAAACACAAACAAUGGAAGAAAGUUUUGCCGGAGAUCUACUUGACUCGACUUCUCUCCACCAAGGGCACGCUGCAGAAGUUUCUGGAUGAUCUAUUCUGUGCACUUCUUAGUAUCCAUACUGUGAAGCCCCCCUUUGCAGUGAAGUAUUUCUUUGAUUUCCUGGAAGAGCAAGCUGAGAAACGGGGUACUGCUGAUCCAGACACUCUGCAUAUCUGGAAAACUAACAGCUUGCCGCUUCGCUUCUGGGUGAACAUUCUGAAGAACCCUCAGUUUGUGUUUGAUAUAGAGAAGACUGACCACAUGGACGCUUGUCUGUCAGUGAUAGCCCAGGCUUUCAUCGAUGCUUGUUCCAUCUCAGACUUACAGCUCGGAAAGGAUUCACCAACAAAUAAACUCUUGUAUGCCAAGGAAAUCCCUGAAUACAAGAAGGUGGUGCAGAGAUAUUACAAAGAAAUUCAGGAAAUGAUCACACUGAGUGAACAGGAAAUGAAUGCUCACCUGGCAGAGGAAUCCCGGAAAUACCAAAAUGAGUUUAACACAAACUUUGCCAUGGCUGAGAUCUAUAAAUAUGCCAAACGAUAUCGCACUCAGGUAAUGAAUGCCUUGGAGUCUAACUCAAUGACCAGGCGCAUGCAAAUGCAGCACAAAUUCGAACAAGUCAUUGCACUAAUGGAAGACAACAUUUAUGAGUGCUGUAGUGAGGCAUAGCUCCUGAAGCUUGCUGAAUGUAUGCACCAGAACCUAUCCUUCCAACACAGAGCCUUCAAUAGAUAGUUCUCACCACAACACGUUGCCCUUUAACAUUACCUGACUUCCUUUGUAGCUCUCAGAGUUGUUGAACGGACCCAGUUGACUGAUGUGGUAGCACUGAGUCAGUGUUGGCACACAGUUCCAUGGACUGUAGGUGGCAACUUCUGGGGUGGGGGCCGAUUGUGAGCACUGGAAGUUCAGCAUGGGGUGGGGGGUGGAAUAUAGAGUGAGGACGGAAAAGACCAGGGAAACAGGGAAAGACCAUAACUGUGUACUCAACGACAGUGAGGUCCACUAAGUGGUGAGAACUUGAUUGGAGAUCUGAGUUGGAGACGAGGAGUUGCCCACAGGACUACCUCUGCAGUGAGGACUCUGAGGAGGAGAGUGGAGGACUGCAGAGCACUUGUGCCAAGAACCUUUCUUCCAGCAAUGCAACUACUAAAGGAGGUUGGAGUGGAGGGUGUCUGGCGCUCAACCAAAUUCUCAGGGAUUCAUUUCUGAGCUUGGGCUGGAAUCUGAAGCUGUCAUUAAUUAGUGAAGUGAUUUUGAGGUUUUGAUGUUGUGUAAUGUGUAUGCUGCUGGCAUUGGAGCAGGAGCUCCCUUUAUCAGCAUAUGCACAGAAUGUUUUUCAUCGCCACCUUUGAGCAUCAUGGCUUCCACUGGACAUUGUUUUUUAGUUUUAUACAUAGAUCUCUCCAACUAUGCUACUAACCAACCUGGCCACAAAUGUCACCUCUGAUCCAGGCUUGUCCAACCUUGCUGCAUUCCCAUGGGGAGGUGGGAAGGCACAGAGUGAUUCACGUGGCCCCUGGAAAGAUGGGAUACUUGAAGAUCACCCUCCGUUUCUCCAUAGCAGUCUGCCACAGUGGUCAGAGGAGACAGCAGAGAGCAUGCCUCUGAACUCUAGGACAGGUUCUAAGCUUACAAGAUGACCAUCCUUUUUGCCAAUAUAAAUAUUUAUUUAAAAAUGUUAAUGAGAUUUUAAAUUUCUACUGAUCUCGAGUGACAUUUUAGAUGAACUGGUUGUGAUGGUGAUGCUGAGGUGAGUUGCAGUGAAAUUGCACCAAUGGUUGCCAGUACUGACAGCACAUGGUUGUGCUAGCUCCCUGUUCUAGAUCCGUUACAGUCUUCCUCUUCCCCAACCACUGACUUGUCUGAUGGAACAUCUUGCCCUUACUUUAUGAUCUAACUGCUUGUGAUUAUCACAAGUACAGAUUGGCAUCACCAGCAGUAAAACUUGCCCUAAUUUAUGCCUCUUUAGUUUUCACUCUGUGUACAGUUGCCUCAUUAAGGUCUUAGAUGUGAAUCACCAAUGGUGAACCUUAUCAUUAUUAAUCUUAUUAGAUAAUCUAUCUAACCAAUCACAGCAAUGCACUGCCUCUGUAACAUCCACCAAUCACAGCAAUGCAUUGUUCCCUGUAACAUCCACCAGUCACAGCAAUACACUGCUCCUCCCUGUAACCCAUCGAGCAAUCACAGCUCUGACUAUUGUUUGUAACCCAUGCACUAUUCCUGACAUCACAGUGCUCCCUGAACCUAUCCAACAAUAAUGGUCUCUGUAACCCAUCCACAAAUCCUAGUGUCACACUGUCCUCUGUAACCUGUACAUCAUAAGACAAAGGAGCAGAAUUAGGCUCUUUGUAUCUGCCAUUCCUGAUGUUGCACUGCUCCCUGUAACCUGUCCAUCAGUUCUGUAUAGCACUAAACUUGCACCGUGCACAAAAAGUAAGCAAUCACAACUUAUUUUCUGUGGAAAACUGAAAUUGUGCAAGCUGUACCCGGUAAAACUGAGGUAUGAGGAGGUAUUUGUACUUGAGAUGAGUUACCCGGUAAAACUGAGGUAUGAGGAGGUAUUUGUACUUGAGAUGAGUUACCCGAGACAUUCACCCCUGAAGUGUGCUCCUGCCAUGUUCUAAAACUCCCUCCAUUCUCCUCACCUGCAAGAAGUAGCUGACCUUUGCCUGUUCAGGCUUGCAUGGUAAGGUAGUGGUGAUCUGCUCAGGCCAGCAGAGGUUGGAUGACCCUGGUGCUUAGCGCUCAGCAUGACUGGAGCAGCAUCUGCAUCCUGAGCAUGGAGACCUGAUGGCCGUUAGAUUUUACUAAUGUAAUCAGAUGUCAAAGUAAAUUUAUUAUUGAAGAAUGUAUACGCCACCAUGUACUACCUUGAGAUUCAUUUGCUUUAGGCACUUAUGAGAAAUUAAAUACUAUAGAACUUAUGAAAAAUAAGCAUAAACAAAGACUGGCAAAUGGGAGUUAGCAUCUUUUCAGGCAAAUCAUAUGUAACAUGUCAAUGUCAAUUUCCUGGCCUUACCAACAAACCAUGCAUUUCAUCUCAUUAAGCUUUCACACCUUAAGUACAUCAAGUAGCAAAGGUGGCAAAUCAAGUGUCUCAUUACCGCAAGACAAUCUGUGUGCAUCCCACGAUCUUUGUGGUGAGUUGAAGUUGUGUGCAGGCUUGAAUGUGACUACAACAGCCACAGCACACCAAAGUGCAUCACAACCAAAUGUGAGGGAUUGCAGAGUCUGUUACAUGCCUUUUGUUUUAAUAAAAUGUGUUUUUAUGAACACUGA